AUGUCCUGCGACAAGUGGUCCUCGGCGCACCAGGUCAUGCACUUCGACGACGUGUCCACGGCGGAGAAGGUCGCGGAGACGCUCGACGGCGCGGAGGUCGACCUCGGCGGCGGCCAGGAGGUGAAGGCGGCGACGGCGACGGUGCUCGGCGCGAGGCCCGAGAGCCGCUUCGAGCGGCAGAUCCUCGUGCGCCACGUCAAGGGCGAGCACGCGCACAACGAGGUGCUCGCCAUCGUCGACGAGUUCAUCCCCGAGCCCGAGCCCUGCGACCUCGACGGCUACGGCCUCCGCCUCGUCCGGUUCCCGUCGAAGAUCGAGGCGUUGAAGGCCGCGUCGGCGCUCACGGGCCUCGAGGUCGACGGGUCGAAGAUCGAGGCCGGCGUCGUCGGCUCCGUCGACGAGGUCCGGACCCUCUACAGGGCGCUCCACGACCUCGUGCCCCUCGACGAGGCCACGCGGCACCGGACGAUCGUCGUCUCGUCCGCGUCCGCGGACGCCGAGGUGAGCUCCUACACGCUGGGCCUCGAGUUCGACGACGUCGCCGAGGCGAAGCUGGCGCCGGCGCCCGCGGGCACGUUCCAGAUCGGCCGCGUGACCUUCAACUCGGACGCGGGCUUCGAGAAGGGCCGCGCGGUUUUAGACGCGGGCCUCCGCAUGGGCGGGUCGUCCGUGAGCGGGCUGGCCAUCGAGCUGCCGCUGGCGGAGGUGCUCCAGAAGCGCGUCGCCUUGUUGUCGGACACGCUCGACGAGCUCGUCCAGCCCCAGCUGAAGCAGGCGACGGCGACCGUCGAGGUCCACGACCGCAAGCUCGAGGAGGAGCGCGAGGCCGUGCUGGCGCUGCACGUGCGCCUCGACGCCAUCGAGGAGAUCGCGCGCGCGUUGGACGCCAAGCCCAAGCACCGCGAGGGCGCGGACCAGGGCCUCGUCGACGACCUCGUGACGCGCGUCGACGCCGUCGAAAACCGGCUCGACAAGGUCGAGCGGCGCGACCCGGGCGAGUCGCGGCCCGUCGAGGUCGCGCCGGCGGGCGGCGGGCCCGACGCGGGCGAGCUCGCGUCGACGGUCACCGAAACCAUCAUGGCCGAGCUCGAGCGCAUCGGUCUGUUGGUCGCGAAGGAGUCGGAGACGAUCGGCCGCGUCUACGAGGUCAGCGACGAGUGCCUCGCGUCGACGGCCAUCAAGCACGUCGACGACCUGAAGAAGACCGUGUCGGCCCACUCGGAGGAGCUCAAGGACGCGCUCGCCAAGCUCGCGGCGAAGCUCGGCAAGGACGAGUUCGCCGCGCUCUGCGAGCGGCACGGCGACGCCGACAACCCGCUCCGGCCCAUCUUCGCCUACAUGCGGUCCCUCGUGAGCCCGCUCGAGGAGCACAAGGCGGACCGCAAGGAGCUCGACGCGCGCAUCGUCGGCCUCGACACGAUCGUCACCGCGCGCUACGAGGAGGCGCUCGCGUCGGAGCGGAAGCGGACGUUGAAGUUGUUCGCGGACGUCAACUCCAACAUGGACCUCGUCGUGGGCAAGGUCGACGUCGCCGAGCGCGACGUCGCGGCCAUGAAGCAGCAGUUGCUAAACGACAAGCUCGCGCUCCACGUCGCGGCGCAGAAGGUCGUCGACGACGACAUCAACGGCAAGAUCGACGCGCAGCACGAGACGCUCAAGAAGAUGGAGGACGCCCUCGAGGACGCGCUCAAGGCGCUGGAGGGCACGCCCAACGAGACGACGGUGCGCGCCAUGCUCAGCAGCCUCCAGGACCGCAUCGUGUCCAAGCUCGGCGGCGCGAACGCGGCUCUUUCGGGCGAGAUCGCGUCGAUGAAGCGCGAGCUGCCGCGCAAGGUCGCGCGCGAGGACGUGCUCCGCAUGCUCGCCAAGGGCAUCCGCGAGGUCUCGGAGAAGCUCAAGUCGCCCGACGACGCCAUGAUGGUCGGCCGCGUGCCCUACCGGUGCAUCGCGUGCAACAACACCUCGGGCAUGCACGACAAGCAGGCCGCCAAGGUCGUCCACGCGGGCCUGAGCCCCGUGUCCGCGACGCUGCCGCCGGACGCGCGGGGGCACCACCCCGUCAUCGUCCAGGCGGCCUACUCGACGGGCCGCGCGGGCGCGCUCCGCCCGCUCCAGCGCCAGGGGCCCGCGGGCAUCCCCGUGUCGCGCUAG